GUCGGAGUCAUCUAGAGGGGGGAGUGUCCAAUGGCUCAUGGCUUGCCUCGUGAAACCGACACGGUUAUUGUUGGCAACGGCCCCUCGGCCCUGAUACUGUCGUACAUUCUUCACGGCAACAUUCCUUGCUACGACAGUUCGAGUCCUCAUCCUGAUCGAAUCCUACACGAGAAACUACUCCUUCACCUUCAGCACAAUCAACAAAAUGACCUGCUCGACGUCGAUAUUGAUGCCCUCACCACCCACUUUAGCGCGUCGAGGUUCUCAUACUCGACCCAGGCCCUCCCGAUCAAUGUCCUGCUCGACACUCUAGUCAGGCCGCUGGGCGAGACCGACGACGCGCAGAAAAAGACGUGCGUCACAUGGAGGUAUGACCGGUCGAGGGCGGUUCCUCAUGUGGUGAUUGGCAACACCAAAGACGCCGGGGGCCAGUGGGUGGACAACCCGGUCCACGCCAGCUGGGACAUCGGAACAUUGAGUUACGCGGGGAUGUUGUCGCUACCCGGAUACGGCUUCGACGAACAUUACAAGCGACGGCACGGCCAGACCAUGCCGGUCUACCUGAGGCCUUCGAGGCGAGAAGUGGCGGACUACCUCGCUGCGUACCCGGACCAGGUUGGCAUCGCGAAGUACAUCCACAACGGGCAGAGGAUCGCUCGAGUGUCGCGAAGACGGGACUACGCCGGGUUCUACAUCGCGUCUCAUGGAAUGGUGUGCCGGAACCUCGUCCUCGCGUCGGGCAUCUUCGACACAGUCAUCCCACCCCCAGCGAUGCUGGAACCGCUCCUGAGCCUCGAGGGGGAGGAGAUUGAUCGCCCGCUGCGGCCCUCGCCCUCGUCCGACGCUCACGAUCCUAUCCUCGUCAUAGGGUCGGGAUUCAGUGCGGCGGAUGUGAUCAUAUCGACACCGCCAACCCAAAAGAUCAUUCAUGUCUUCAAGUGGGACCCCUCUACGUCGCCUUCACCCUUGCGGGGUUGUCAUCGACAGGCGUACCCCGAGUACGCGGGUGUGUAUCGGAGGAUGAAAGUCGCCGCGCUCUCGUCGUCGUCGUCAUCGUCAUCAUCACAUUCCAACAAAGAUCGCCGCCCGAGGACGCUUCGCUCGCAGUCGGCUUUUGAAGCGAGUCGAGACUGGGAUUUGACUUACGAAGGACUCUCCAAUACCGAAAUCGUGCGGGUUCAACUGACCCCGGACGGUUCUGGGAUGGUGACGUUCCAGAGAGAAGGAGUGAACGAUCCGCCUUUUCAACGCAGGGUCGGCAGUCUCGCUUACGUAGUUGGAAGACGGGGGUCCUUGUGUUAUUUGUCUGAAGAGCUGCGCGCAGAAUUUCUAUCCGCCGACGCCAACUGCCACAUGAUCUCGGGACAGACACUGCGCCAACAGGCCAACGAAGAUCUGGAGGUCGCCCCGCACGUCUUCGUGACGGGCAGUCUGACGGGGGACUCGUUGAUCCGGUUCGCGUACGGCGGGUGCGCCUAUGCUGCCGGAAGGAUCAUGAGGCGGCAUGCACACAACCACGCCGAGAGCAAAAGAACCGGAACCGGAACCACCGCCGUCAACAAUGCGUUUGUCGCCAAAAGGACAAACAACUGUCGAUGUGAGACGCCGUCGCCCAAGAUUCCGGCAAUGAACGGCCUCGAUGGACACGAAGCGAGUCCCAUCAACCUCAAGUAAGACCAAGAUGGGGGUAACAAACAGGCAAAAGGAUUGAAUUUGAAGUCAUUGUGUACAUGUGCGUGUCUAUGAGGGACGAGGAAUAGAAAGACAUGGUGAUACCAUACGCUAAUACGACGAAGGGGGGCCAAGAGUACUGGGGAACACGAUCUAGAAUUUGUAUAUACCUUUAUAUCGAUGGUUAGGUAACGUUGCACAUGAUAUGAUUUCUGAACAUAU